CUGGAACCAAUCCCCUGUAUGGCUCUCUGCAGCAGCUCAAAGCUGGCUUAUUUUCCUCUUACUCCCACUGGCUUUCAGCUGCUGCAGGGACAUCCAUACAGGGGAUCGGUACCGGGAAUUUCCCCCCAGUGCACCCAUCACCCUUCCUGUGCACCAUACAUUUCCCCCUGCUACCCAGGCCCCCAUUAAGGUCGGCUUCCCUCCCCGGACCCCGCAUUCACUAUAUCCGCUCUCCCCGGACCCCGCAUUCACUAUAUCCGCUCUCCCCGGACCCCGCAUUCACUAUAUCCGCUCUCCCCGGACCCCGCAUUCACUAUAUCCGGUCUCCCCGAACCCCGCAUUCACUAUAUCCGCUCUCCCCGGACCCCGCAUUCACUAUAUCUGCUCUCCCACAA